AUGGCGAUGGAUGUGGCACCUUCCUCGUCAUCUGAGCCGCUCUCCCCUUUCUUGGCGACUGUGGCGGUCAUGACGCGCAGCCGCACAGGGAAGGCCAUCAUUGGCUUAUGCUGCCUCACGCUUCCUGCUGCCUUUGCCGAAGUCGGUCUGACUCUGGCUCUUGUUGGGAUCGUCCUGGUCUGUGUGGCGCUGGGUACGGGAACAUACCGUGUGGCGCAGUGCUACGUUCAGAUUCGCCAUUCAAAGGACAAGGUGGCGCUUCAUGGCCUAGGCCCGCUUGGAGACAUCUCCGAAGAGGUCUUCGGACUAACUGGCGUCCGGUGCUGCUAUGUGGCCAUACUCGCCUCGCAGUUCGGAAUUGCUGUGGCCUAUGUCGAUGUUAUCGUCCCCACCGUCAUGAAAUUGAUGGGCCUCUCAAAGCUGGCUGUCCAGCUGUGGAUGUUCGGACUCUCCGGCGCGAUGAGCUUUAUCAAGGAGCUGCAGGGCCUUGCCUGGCUGUCCAUCGUUGCUCUCUCGGCCUUCAUGUACAUCGCCUUUGCCCUUCUUCAUUUUGGCAUUGUAGAGAUCCGUGCUGGCCGGGACAGUUUUGAGGACUCCUGGCUGCCGCUGCGAUUCGCAGGCCUGGGCGCCUUUCUGGGCCCCACCAUAUCUGCUUUCGAGGGCGUUGUGGUGGCGCAAUAUGCCUUUGCGGAUAUGCGAGUGGAGGACCCGACCCCAUUCAGAAGGGUCGUGGUGGUCAGCCACGCCUUUGCUCUUGUUUUGUUUGCCUUCAUAGGCUGCUUUGGUUUGGGUGUUUAUGGCGGCGAUGUGUCUGAGCUUAUCUACGAAAGCUUCCCUGCGCACUCCAUCGAUGUCCAGCUCUGCAAAGUGACCGUGUGCAUUGUGCAGAUGAUCAACUUCCAGGUUCAGAUGUACCCGAUUUUCACGAUGGGUGACACUGCUCUUCGAAGCUGGCUUCAGCCACAGGUGGAAGGUUCGAAUCUGAGUUCGGGCGAGGACAAUCUGCGCGACCUCAAUGAGGAGAAUGACAAGGCCCACAAGGAGCUCCUCGAGAAGCCACGUGGGGUCUCGCAGCCGAGCACCGACUUUACAUUGCGGGCCCUCUCCGCGACCAUGCGCUGGCGGCUGGGACCUGAUUGGGGCUUUGCCUGUUCCAUGACAUGGGCUGAGGUCUGA